GUUUUUGAAAACGGUGUAUGUAUAUAUAUAUAUUAUUGUCACACAUAUAUUCGCUUUCAAUUGGUCUCUUCUUUUUUAGGGGAGUUUGCGGAUGUCUACAGAGGAAUAUUAAAGUCUCGUGAAGGCAAAGGAGUGGUUGCUGUCAAAGUCUUGAGGGUAAGUUGUAUCAUACUUUCUUCGAUGAUAUAUAUGCUGUACAGCUUGAAUCUUUCUAACUCAAUACAUUUUUCGCAGAUACGCGUGGCUUUGCAUUCGUUACUUCAUUUUCUCAAAUGAAAUACUUCAUCCUAUCAUAGAUAGCGCUAUGUUGCUGAAUCAAUGAUCAUUUUUCUCCAUCCCAGCCUGGUUCCAGUGAGAAAAAUCAGAAAGAUUUUCUCUCCGAGGCGUCCCUAAUGGGCCAGUUCGAUCAUCCAAAUGUUAUCCGCCUCAUCGGAGUGGUGACAAGAAGUGAGUGGAGAACUGAUUAAUCUGUCACGAGGGUAUUUAGUUACUUACAAAAUUGAAAUAUGCUGUUAUUUAUAUUGACACAAAAUUUUAAAGUUGAAUUAUUUGCUAUGCCCUUAGGUAGACCAAUGAUGAUUUUAACAGAAUUCCUGAAAAGUGGAUCAUUGGAUCACUAUUUAAAGGUUCCCUUUUAACAUCUGUUUUUUUCAGUUAUAUUUUGUCAGUGAUAGCUUGGAAGAAGGAGCUGGUAUUUGACCUCGCUUGGUGAAGGUUAAGAAUUCUCUCCUAACAAAGACAACGACAACAACAAAACACUACUCAAACUUAAUCAAAAGACCGAAGAAGCAAAUUUUGAUUGGGUGACCAGCGCUCGUAACUACGAGUAACUACUCAUAUCGUGCCAGGCACCUUUUGGGGCAGUAAUUGUAGUGUUUUUAAAGUAGUGUCCAUCAUUCGCUUUGACUAAACCCUUCACGUCCUCUCAUCUGCAUGUUUGUUCUCCAUACUGCUCCUUUUACUUUUCUUAUGGUACUGACAAGGAGAAUUUGUUUAACAAUCAAGAGGCUUUUUAGUUUGUGAUAAUUUUCCAUAUUCUCGUGGUCUUAAUGUUUGAUUCAGCAGCAACGCUGUAAAGAGAAAUUAGAUCCCAGUUACCUCAGGAGUUAAAAUAUCUAACGGUGCCGAAUAAUCUGGUUUCCUCAUAGGACCGAAAGGGUCAGCUGACGAGCCUUCAGUUGACUGGAAUGGCCAGAGGCGUGGCUCACGGAAUGAAGUACCUUUCAGAAUUAAACUUCAUUCAUCGGGUAUAUAUGUAUCUUUAUACAUUGUUUUCAUUCUAUCGUUCCUUAAUUUGGUUAAUAUGAAUUUUACACAUCUGGCCCCAGUUGUUGGAAGGUUGGAUAACGCUAUACGUCGGAUAAAUCUCUAUCCGCUGCGUAGCGUUACCCGCCAGUUCUACAACUGGGCCCUGGAUGUCAACAUUGGUACACAAACUACGAGGUCGUUCGUCCACUGUUUCCAGGUGGGUUUGGAAUUUAGAAUUAAGUGAUUUAUUUGGAGAAAAAAACAUAAACCUGGAGAGUGACACUUUCGUGGCCAAGAAGAUAACCAACCAAAAAUUCAAUUCUCAUGAGACAUCAGUUGCAGAAGGAAACGCGCGCCACAGAAGUGUGAGGUCAGCGAUCUUCGUGCCUCACAGAAUUCUUAGUUAGCCUCAGUUUCAGUGGGAUAAUCUCCAUGUAAAAGUGACGAUUUUAACGUAAAGGAGGGCGUUGUUCUUCAAGAUCUAAACGCAUUUUGGCUUAUUCUGCAUUUCAGUGUUUUGAAUUUAGCUGUUACAGUUAUAGCUUAAAACUGAUUGAGUACCGAGAAGUUGUAAUUAUGUUUGUCUUUACUUAGGAUCUGGCUGCUCGCAAUGUUCUUGUGGGCGAAAACAUGCUGUGCAAAGUAUCAGAUUUUGGUCUUUCAAGAGAACUGGCUGAAGACGAUGAGGCGCAAGCUGAAUACACGACACAGGUAAAUGUUGACUUUUUGAAAAUCAACAAUGACGUUAGGUUGCGCGCUAACAUUUGCGAUUAAUGUGACGCAUUAUGUCAGUAUGACAGUAAAGACCACGUGUUUCCUAUUUCACAGUCUUACCUUUCUUUUGAGUGAUUCACGUCACCCAGUGAAGCAGGCACUGUUUCAUGCUCUUUCUUGUUUUCUUUCUGUUCGAAUGAAAGACUUAGUCCCCUGAGAUCAAAAUUUUCGUAUUUCAUUUUUCACAUGUUCGGGUACAUUGUGACUCUCUUACCUGCCCAGCCAAAUUUCAGUUCGUUACGAGAGAAAGAUUUCGCGGCCGCCAUUAUUUGAUCAUGUUUCGGAAGUUCAUCUGAAGGCUAGGUGCGAUUUCAAAGAAAGUGACCCACAACGUGAGGUCCCAGUUUGUUCCCAUUAAUCAAGUCUCCUGCUGAUCUUUAAGUAUCUUUUCCAACACCCAUUAGUAGAGGCUAGUACUAAGCGAAGGUAUAGAUUUUUAGCGAAGAAAACAUGUGACUUGCAUCCUUUACAAAUGCUUGUUUAUGUUUCAAUUACCCGAAAGGGGGGUAAGAUUCCAGUUCGUUGGACAGCCCCAGAAGCGCUUCAGCAUCGGACCUUCAGUUCAGCUAGUGAUGUUUGGAGCUUUGGCAUUCUAAUGUGGGAGAUCACGUCAUAUUGUGACAGACCCUACUGGGAUUGGGACAACUUCGAUGUAAGUGAUACCGCGUGAUAACGAACAUUAUCAUUAACUCCGUAGAAAAGAGAGAUAAUCGGUUUAUAACAGCGGCAAGCUUUCAUUUACGAGAAUUUCAACUUGUGAUAAAGAUGAACUGUCUCUUUUCCUAGAAGUUUUAAAUGAAAAGUUUCUUUCAAAGCUGAGGUUUAUUAUUGUAAAGGGGCAACUAUUGACGCCCAUCGGAUAUUAAUAUUUCCUGAGCCUCACCGACUUUUUUCUUUAAUUAUUUUAUUUUUUCUAAAUAAUUAAGUUGAAGAAAUGAUGAUCGAAGGCUUUUCUUUAUGAAUUUAUGAAUGAAUUACCAAUGUAUAUUUGUAACUUAAAACUUAUUAAUGAAAGCUUUUCAUAAUUUUUUCCAAGGUUAUCAGGCGAGUGGAAGCUGGAUACAGAUUACCACCUCCACAGGUAAAUCUUGCAAUAACAAACAUGUGACUGCUGAAUUACUUUUCCUUUGCGUUUCUGUUGUUGAUGUCUUGUUCUUAAACCGGGGUGUCGUGAUGGUGAAACACCACAGCAAGCCAGAACAAUUAAGAAAAAUUGCAUCACUCAUGACCAAGACUUAAAAAUCAAGAAAUAAAAACAUUACUUGAACGCUUAUUUGAAAUACUUUAAGAAAGUUGUUUUGAGCUUUGUCGUCGUUAGAGACCAUUUUUUGGUUGUGUCAAAAUAAUAUUUACCUGAACCGCCUAUAACGAUCAGUAGGAUGCUAAUGAACCCCCUCAUUGGCAAUCAAUAUGCUAUGGUCCGUUCUUUAAACACUGUUACAGACGAUCCCCACUCCGUUCCCCCUUAAAACCCGUCUUCUCUUAGUAUUAAAUGUUGGCUACUCUCUAAAACAAUUGAAAAUACAAUCACAUUAAGAGUUUAGGUGAAAACUCUUUAGGGGAUUUUAAAAUAUUUCAAAUUUAUAAAUUAUUUCCAUUUAAAAUUCAUCCUUAUAUAACUUUUCUCUUUGUACAGGGAUGUCCGAAAAUCAUCCAUAGUUUAAUGAUCGAAUGCUGGCAUAAAGACAAAACCAAACGGCCCAAUUUUUCUGAUAUUGUCACUCGCCUGGAUGAACUAAUUCGAUCCCCUGAAUUCCUGAAGGGUGAUUCAUCCUCUCUCCCAGAGAGGUAAGUUUCCAUCUUUUUAUAACAGAAUGUGUUUUUUCGUUAAGGAAGAUAAGCAAGAAUCAUUGAUAAAGAUCACUUUUUUUUUGUCUUUUUUUAUGUCAUACGAAUCUACGCGUGCAACUUUUCACUUCUCCUUCAUUUCGUAUUUUUCAACAUCUCUCCAUCAACCUUCUGAACAAAAAAAGGCCUUGUAUUCUUCCAAAUUGUCCUCUCUUGAUUUUUGUUUAGCUGACAUCAGAACAGUUGAAUGUUUUGUAUCUUAACGAGAUGCAUUCGAAAUAUCCGAGAACUCGGAGGACACAGAAGGAAAGGCUGAAAAUUGCUGUGGGCGCGAAAGCUGAUGAAACUCCACUCCAAAAGCAACUGAACACCCGCUCAGAAGAUUCUACAAAAAAAAGAGAUGAAGUGAAAAAGUUUAGAAAAAAGGAAACGUCAAGGCAUUUUUAGUCCUUGAUUAAAAACACCCCUUAAAAAAUCCUUACUGAUUUAUUCAUGUAUUAUUCCAGUCCUAAAGCAAAUCAUACUCCAGAAUUCCAGUCAGUAGACGAGUGGCUACAACACAUCAACAUGGAGAAGUAUUCCGAAUUGUUCCGAGCAGCACGAAUCGAUGAUAUGAGCAAAGUCGCUGAACUGAAGGAAAAACAAUUGAGGGAAAUGGGCAUCAGUUUGAUUGGGCAUCGAAAUAAAAUGCAAAAGAGUAUCAAUGCUAUGAAGUCACAACGUUAUAACGGUGGCAUGGAUGCAGAUUAGUGGCUAUGAUGUAAUCAAGAAAAUGCGAUUUCUGGAACAUUUUCUGCUUGAAACUGAGCUGGUGAUCAACAAGCAGUAGAAAAGUUUUUCCAUUUAUUUUACGAAAGAAUGUCGUCGAAUGUCUCGGAGGUCUUAGGGACCGGUCAAUAUUUCAACGCCUGGGUGGAGGGCCUGAGGCUAUGUCGUAUUCCAAUGACCCCCCUCUCCCUCGCUUGCAGUCAAUUUUGUAUAGUCCUCCCUUUAUACUCUGUCAGCGACGACUAAUCUCCCCUUGGUACCCCUGAAAACCAUGCGACUCUCCCCAAACGCCUCCAAAACCCCCCCCCCUCCUCUCCAAGCGAUAAACAGUGACUGGUCACCUAGAUUUACUAGUUAAGAGUUGUCGAAGGACAUUUCCCUAUGUCACGUAAAUAGAGAGUCGUUAACUGCCUCUAUUCUAUUAGAUUUACUGGUUAAAAUUUUCCUAUGAUUUUUCGUUAUGCUAUGGAAAGAGAGAACUCGUUUUAUUUUUUAAUCAUUGCACGAACUAUUCGAACUCUGACCAAGGUUGUCAUUCACGAGGAAAUAGUGAUGGUCCACGGGGCAAAUACUUCUACAAUUUUACACUCAAGUGCAAUAGCUCAAACAACAUAUAUGACUUUGGAACUUGGGGAUCAAAAUCUUCUCUCCAGUACAGAGAAUUUAAUUUUUUACAUUUCCUAGGUACAUAUUUUACUUUGAAAAAGACAGUGCGUGAUUUUGAUAUUCGAGUGUGAGUCUUUUUUCACGAAAUUUAGGAAGUUUUCGGUAUUUUACAAGAACUUUCAUGUGCAUUUUAUAAUUUUUAAGUGAAUUACUCCAUCACAGAAGGAUUAAUUACUUGACUAUUUCAACAAUUUUUUUUGAUAAAUUUUUUACUCCAUGGACAGUUUCAUCAUUUUAAAUUAUAUCAAUAAUCUAUUUUGGAAUGAUAUUGUAUUUGGAAACAAUUUUGUUCAACUUAAGGAAAGAAUAAAGCAACUCUGUUUGAUAAAAAACCGUUUAUAAAGAUCUGGGAAAGUGUAUUACAAUCCAGAGAGGAAAGUAAGGUACAUGAAGGAUAGCUUGUUUUUCUGGUUGAUGUAAAGCUUGUUUAUUCAAAUUACACUAAGUUUACCAUAACUAAUUCUGAAAACUAUGUUCAUUUCUGUAACAUGGUUGUUUUUUAAAUACAACUGCGGCUGUGUGAUUAUUACACGCCAGGGAAGCCUAACCUAGCACUGCGUCACCAUCUCUUUCGGCGAGUCUGCUAGGUUUAUAUAAAAUUUGUCACGAACUACUAAUAAAUCAGAA